AUGGCUUUCUCGUUGACGAAAAACUUGGAGCGAUUAGGCAGUGAGAUUACAAGUGAGGAUGGAUUAGCAUUAGCGCCCAUCCAAGGCAUUCGCGUUUUCAAUAUAUUCUUCGUUGUCAUGUGUCACAGCUGUGUGUUACUAUUCGUUGGACCGAUAGCGAAUCCACAAUAUGCGGAAAAUGUUACUCUAGAUCCGUUGAAUAUGUUUUUGAGCAACGGAAAUCUGAUCAUGCAAACUUCAUUCAUGAUUUCCGCUUUGCUCUUGAGUUUUCACCUCUGUCAGAUAUUUGAAAAUAUGAAGAUGAAUGUAUCUGUCAUAUUUAUGGGCAUAGUUAAUCGAUUAUUAAGAUUAUAUCCUAUACAUUUGGCGAUGUUAGGUUUCGCGGCGACUUGGUUAAGACAUUCGGGAAAUGGACCGUUCUUCCAUCGUAUCGUAGAUUCCGAAUUUCGAAAUUGCAGAGAAAAUUGGUUGCUGAACGUUUUGUUUAUUAACAAUUUAUAUAAUACGGAGAAUAUUUGCAUGACGCAUUCUUGGUAUUUAUCGGCCGAUACUCAACUCUUCGUCUUUGGACUGUUCGUAAUGAUGGUGGUCAUCAAUAAUCCGCGGAAAGCGAAUACAAUAUUUAUAUCCCUCUUUGUCACCGGGAUUUUGGUAACCUUCGCUCAACACUAUUACAAUGCGUACGACAUAGUCUUUCGAAGCUAUCCAGAAUAUUUGUACAACCUGUUUUUGAAUUUACCAUUUUGGCAUUCCUUGUACAUAGCCACUCACAAUCAAAUACCCUGUUAUGUUAUGGGAUUAGCGACGGGCUUUUACAUUCACAAAUGGAAGAAAGAGAAGGUUAAAAUUGCUUUGAAUAACUUUUGGUACACGAUUUGGUUCAUUUACUCAUGGGUCGCACCUAUUGGAACGAUACUCAGCGCGGCGCCAUUCUACGAAGACGGUUUCUCUACUACCAGGUUGAAUUCAGCUCUGUACAAUGCUUUUUUCAGAUUGAGUUUCGGUCUGCCCAUUCUUAUAGCUAUAAUUAUGUUCAUCUUCGGACAAGGACGUCCAAUGUUAAAUUUCAUUAAUUGGAGACCCUUCCAUGUCUUAGGUAGACUUACCUUCGGUGUGUACUUAAUGCAUCUGCAUAUUCUGAGGAUGAAUAUUGGUGUAACGAGAACGUUGCAUCACGUCACUCACAGAUCACUGAUUCGAUGGGUUUUUGGUGAUAUCACGAUAUGCUUUUUGAUGGCAACAAUCGUCUGUUUGCUUAUAGAAUUACCGGCGUCAGCAAUUCAGAAAGUGCUAUUAUCCACCGAGAAGAAAACCGAAGGCAAAGCUAAAAACCAAUAG